UUGACGUUCCGGUGGCGAAAAACUGCGGGCCAGCUGUCACGGCGCGCGAAACAUCAAAAUUUCUAUUCGGUGUGUAUGGAACAGGCGGGAGGAAGAUAACUUUUCCGGCUAAACGCUAAUUAAAUGUCAAUUAAAACACAGAAGCAGCGCUGGUCGCUUUGAUGGUAACUUGUCCACGUUUUUUGUGGGUGACACGAGACUACGAGGUGCCGUCUGAGCCGGUUUAUUUUGCAAAAAAAGAACGUAAACUAGCCAGCGGACAAAGAUGAGCUUGGUGCUUUCUCAACAACAGGGUGAGGGACUUCCAGUUGUGGCCCAGACUGCAACAGAGAGUGAUUCAGACAGCGGUGUGGGCUCACCAGCAGAGGAGAUGGCUACAGACACCUCUAACAAAAGAGAAGGUCGUCCAGAUUCUGAUGACGAUGAAGACAUCAUGGUGCACAGAAAGCCUCACCGUAAUGCCAUUAGAGACAGUGACAGCGAGGAAGAGGCGGCAGCUGCAGAUAGCAGUGUACACGUGGCAGAAGCACUAGUUUUAUCUGCUUCCAGCGGAGAGGAAAUGGAGACUGAAAAGGUAGACGAGAAGGACAAGAAGAAGGAAAAGGGACGGCAGAAGUGCAAGAGAAUAAGCCGAGCUCCUGUUGAUAGCGAGGACAGUGAGCCUGAGGAGGAGAAGAGUGGAAAAAUGGAGGAGGAAGAGGGGAAAGUGGUGAAGAGGCAAGUGAAAUCUGCAAAAGAAGUGAAGGAAAGAGAGAAGAGCAAGAGACAUCGUGAGAAAAAGGAAAAGCGCAGCAAAGCAGUGGAAAAGCUGAAGAAGAAGGAGAGGUUCUCUGAAAGGGAUGAGGAAAUGCCUCAUCCUGGGACCCUGAAUGACAGUGGAUGUCCGCUGGGAGACACAGAACUUUUUGACAAUGGUCUGGAUGAUGAGGAAGAAGAGUCUCUGGAUGCGAUCCGUGCUGCGGUCAAGCAAAAGAUGAAAAAACAUAAGGAUCCCCUCUCAAAUGAGGAGGAGGAUGAAGAGGUGCCAGAGAAGCCCCAGCGUGCGGAGAGAAAGGCUGCACGUGCCAGCAAAGAGGCGAUGAAGCAGCUCCACAGUGAGUCUCAGAGGCUGGUCAGAGAGUCUUCACUUGGCCUGCCCUACCACAUCCCUGAGCCCAAGACCAUCGACCAGUUCUUUAAGAAGAGAGCAAGGCCAGAGGGUCCUGCCAUGGCAUUGUUGAAAUCUGCAAAGUACUCAGAAAUGAUGUUGGAGACGCCGUCAGCUCCUCCACCUUCUGUAAACCCACCCAGCAAACUGCCAUCCACUGAGGAGGACUGUAAUUCUUCUCUGGAUAUCUCGUCCAAUCAAAUCCAGCCUUUACUUCAGCCAGCAGCUACCUCAUCCCCGCAAAAGCAGAACCUCAACCAGGCCGGAGAAACUUCGGUUACCUCGGAUCCUGAGCAGGAGUCAGGCCCAAUGCUUUACCUCUCUGAGAGUCUGCAGGACUCAGUCACAGCUGAUGCUGAAGACAAGCCUGCAUCUGACUCAGGAGAGGAAACCUCAGCUGCUCCUUUACCACAAAAUCCAACUGCAGCAACAUCUGACUCUGAAACCCUGCAGAAAGAGCCUGUAUCUAGGGCUGUGGUUGAGCCUGUGGUUCCUCAGUGUCUGAGUGCUGAUUCAGCUACAGCAGAGCCCUCAGUACAGCAGCCUACCAAACCGAAGAAAGACAAAUUGACUAGACUAAAGGAGUUGGGUCUGGAUCCGCCACCUGUUGCAAAAUUGUGUCCAGAUGAUGGAGCUUUUGUACAGCUCGACCCUCCACAGCUUAAUCCUGGUGUGGAGGCUCUGAAGGAGCGUUAUCUGCGUCACAUUAUUGCACCCACACGACCCCAAGGGGAGCGCACUUUGCAGCUUGACAUCAUCCGUAAGGACAGCACCCCAUCUGGCCAGGAGGAGCUGCACACAGAGUCUCUCACUGUGACUGUCAAAGAAGGAGCAGAGGAGCCUGUGACCACUAAACCAGGAGAGAAGCUGCUGACUCUGAAGCAGCGCCUGCAGCUCGCCAUGGCCCAACGGAGAAAAGAGGAGAGGGCGCGCAAGGCCGAGCUGAAUCGCCUAGACAACGAAGACUGUGGGGAGGAUGAAGAGGAGGAAGAAGACAUGACUGAUGAGUCAGAGGAUGAAGAGGGUGUCGAUGACUUAUUGGGAGGUGGUGAUGGUGAAGAAGAAGACGUGAAGGACAAUGAAGAUGAAGAGGAAGAAGGCAGCGUGGCUCAGAGUAUGAGGAGCCCUUCUCCAGUGGCAAUGAUCGGACCCUUGCCAACUCCCGACCUCGUUAACACGGAUGGCACUCUCAUGCUGUUCCCUGGAAACUCUUCCUCGCGCACCAGUGAUGGUGUAAGAAGGUCUGGGCCUUCUGGACAUGACAGCGGCAGUAAGAUGGAAGAGGACGACUCCCUGUCCCUGGUGAAGGACAACAGCCACAACAGCAGCUUUGAGCUCCCAGGGUCCAUGAUUACAUCAUACCAACCAGUGAAUAACCAGCGUGGCACAGGACGAAGUGUCCUCAACUCGUCCAUUUUCCGCUCCCCUUCACCGUGCCUCUUCAGGCCGAGCUUCCUCGGCUCUGCCUCGAAGAGUUCAGGCAAGCUCUCCGAGCCUUCUCUUUGCCUCCCUGUUGAAGACUCCCAAGACCUGUACGCACCUCCUUCCCCCAGUGCAGAUUCAGGCCCCCUGGAUGGAGCUGCUUCUGGUCCUGGUCUAGCAGGUGAUUCUCAGGGUCGUUUUUCGCUUGAAGAUGAUGCUCAGUCCCAGUUACUUGACGCAGAUGGUUUUCUAAAUGUGGGGUCGCGCCCCGGUGCACCCACCUCUCACAAGAGGCAGCUGAUCUUGGGCAGCCUGGAUGAAAAUGCAAUGGAUGCACACAUGGGGGAGCUGUUGGGGUUGUGUUCAGGUGGUUUUGGGUCAGCGAAGAGCCACUCCACAGGGGGAGAGGGCGUUGGAGCAACACAGGAGGAUGAGCUGCUUGGGCUGUGCUCAGGAGCAUUUCCACCCACACAAGCUCAAGGGGAGCAGACGAAGAAAAGGAAAGCGGGAGAAGACGAUGAAGACUCUGAAAAUACCAUGGAUCAGCUGCUGGGUUUAUGUUCAGGCAAAUUUUCGAGUCCAGGUUCUACUCACACAGCUUCACCAUCACAAGACAGUAGAAAGAAGUUAGAGGCUGGAAAGCAGCAGCAGCAGGAGGAGGAGGAAGAAGAAGAAGAGGAGGACUGCGAGUUCCGGCUCCUAUCAGAUGUUGAGAGUGAGCAGGAGGACAACGAUGAUGAUGGUAAUGAUGGAGAGGAGGAGGAGGAAAAUGAUGAGGAAGAUGACGCAGAUGCCAGCGAAGAGGAAAACAAUGAGGUGGAAGAGGAGGAACUGGAGGGUGUGUUCGCGCCACGGGCGAAGAAAAAGAAGAAAAUGCGACUGACCGACUAUGUGGACUCGGAGGCCGAGCUGUCUGGUAGUGACCUGGGCAGUGAUGAUGAGGACGACGACAGAGGGAGCGAGUAUGAGGAAGAGGAGCUUCUGGAAGACCUUCCCUCUGACGAAGAGCUGCAAAACCAAGUCAACAAGAUCCACAUGAAGCAGAUUUUGGACGAUGACAAGCGUCGCCUGAGGCUGUAUCAGGAGCGCUAUCUGGCUGAUGGAGACUUGCACUCUGACGGUCCUGGACGAGCGCGUCGCUUCCGAUGGAAGAAUAUUGAUGAUGGUUUCAGCAUGGAAAGGACUGGAGCCGAGGGCGAGGAAGACUGGGAGGAAGACGAUGAUGUGGACCAGGCUGAGGUCCAAAGAAGGAUAGAGAGACUGGAGAGAGAGCAGUGGCUCAGGGAACAGUCUGAACAGAAAGCCAAAAAAGGAGAGGAUUUGGAUUUGGAUGCAGAUGAUGAGAAGAUUGGAGAGGAAGACAGUCAGUUCAUGAAGCUUGCCAAAAAACUGACUGCCAAGACUCUUCAAAGAAAAGAGCCGCCUGUGGCACCACAACCAGAGAAGAAGACAGCAGCAGCUCUCAAUCCCUUCCAGAGACCCUCUCAGCCUUUACAGGUGAGGAGAGGUUCUCUCCUGAGUCAGCCUCAGUCCGUCCUCCAGAAGCUGGCUUCCAUCUCAGAGGGAAAUCCUCUGGCCCCCAGAAACAGCCGUGGAUUCCUGUUCCAAACACUCUCUCCUGAGAAGGUUAAGUCAUCAGAUGCUCCACAGAAACAGACGAUGAAGAAGAGGGGGCAGAUGGAGGCAGCGCAUCCAGCAGCAAAGAGGGUCUGCAGAGAGAACAAACCUGCAGGACAGACCAAAGGGUCUCAGAGGAGCAUCUUCAACUUCCUGGACCACUGAUGAUGCAGCACACUAACUGAAUGAGGAUGAAAAGCUGGCUGGGAGUCCAGGUUUUUCUCCCAGCUGCUACGGAGGCAGUGAGGAGGCAGAACUGACCUUUAACUUUCAGUGUUUCACUUUACAAUAAGACUGGGAAAAACAAAGCUAGUGGCAAAACUCUGGGUGAUUUCAGGAUUAUGAGACGUCUCCCCAACUGUGCCCAUUUUGUGGUUAAACAUAAACCACCAGCAAAACACAUCACUGAAGAUCCUGCUACUCUUUUACUCGAUGACUUGCACACUUAAUCCUCCAUUGUUCAGCUUGUGUGUUCAAAUAUUUAAUCCGUUAUGCCACUAGCAACAUUCAUCUGAUCUGACUUGACCUAAUUUGGGCCACAUGAUUGAGGUCCAUCUAGAAAUGUUUUAUCAUGUACAUAUGGUUUUUCUUUUUAAGAAGUAGGGAGUUUAUUUGUGUGAUAUUUUAAAUGUAUUUGUUUUACAGUGU